CUCCGUGUCCCCAUAAGAAUCCCAUUUCUCCAUCCGCUGAUUCUCCAUUAUGCGAUUCUCCCUCCAUGUUCCAUGCUCAGUCCAGCACCAGCACCAGCCUAGAAGCCAUUGUAAAUUAGGGGACGAAGAGGCGGUAAGAGGAUAUGACCAGUCGGACUCGGCCAAAGUCGGAGUAGGCGCCGUUUGGCACUCUCAUCUUUCGUUGUUCCGCCCCCAUGCCUGCCCUGCCAUGCCAUGCCAUGCGCCUGGGGCUAUUUUCUUUUUUCUUUUCUUUUUUCUUCGCCUUUUCCCACCCAUCCUAGGCCAUUUUUGCAUUUCCCGCAAGGGGCGGGGGAUAGGCACAUUCUGGCGUGCCCGUGGCCUCAAGAGGCAAGACGCAGCGGUGGUUUUGCUUUUUGGUCGGAUCAGAGCCUGGGAAAAAGACGUGAUUUAUUUUCUAGGCCCAGGACCAAGGGCCCAAGAUGCAUCCUUCAACAUGCCACACCAACAGAGUACGGCCACCCAAUGCAUGUGACGCAUGCAUCUGCGGCGGCUGAUACGCGAUCCCUCGCCUCUUACAGGCUGUUGAAAGAAUCCCAUCAAUGCCCAUCGAGCAAAAGGCUCCCAUUGUCCCAUCCUGUCCUCUUCCCGGCCCCGGCCUGUCAUCCUCCCUACCUGGUGCCACAACGUGUAAUCCCGUCUGGCCCUUGCUCGAUAGCCGGGCGUCAAUCGAGCGUGGAAUCAUCUCGGCGUCGUCGAGCCGGAACGCGGGAUGCCAUGGACCGGAGGUUUCGGGGGUGGGAGUACCGGGCUGCAGUUGCAAGUAGUUGCCGUUCGAUCCCAGCAAUGCAAUCCUGCAUAUAUGUGCCUGGCCCAACAAUCCGAUGCCGCGGGAUGAAUGGACAGUUGGGGUGUGAUGGUCAAUGUAACUCGCAUAUAGGCCGCACAUGGGCGGCCAUCCAACUGCAUAGGCCGAGCCUCAGCCCCAAAAGCACUUAUCAGCCUAUUCCAACAACAUCCGAAUACGUCGGCCACCAACCAACAACACGAUAUGUGAGGCGUGAGACGGUUAGAUGACAGCAGAGGCCGGUCGCAGCAGCUCCGCGACCCUACCCGGUGUCGAUGCACACAUGAAAUUGGGCCGGGCAUGGGUGCU